AUGAAGAAGCCGGUUGGAGCCGAAAAGAAGAGGGUUAAACGAUCAUCAUCCACCGCCACUACAGAUUCCGGUUCCGAUGCUCCACCUAGGAAGCAAUCUGUGAACAAGGAUAUGUUUCAUUUAUUUGCUGAGAAAGUUAGAGACAAGAAGGGACUGGAAUCAAGAUGGGCUGUUAUGGAGCAAGCACGAGUUGAAUAA